AUGCAAGUAUCGGAAUCUGAACCUGACACUCCUCCUGGAUACUAUGACAUGAAUCCUCCCGAAGGCGAGCCUGUGCCUGAGUAUGAACCUAUGCCCGAGGAUAAUCCUGUGCCUGAAUAUGAGCCUCUACCCGAAGACGAACCCGUUCCUGAGUAUGAGCCUGAGAAUCCUACUGCUUCACAAGAAGAUCAAUCUGAAGAUAUGACUGAUGUCGAGCCUGAACAACAACAUCCUGCUGCAUCCGCUGAAUCACUGGCCCCAAGAAAUGCUCCUCCAAGGAUCGAACAUGCUUAUCAUCCGGUCACACAUGGCCAAGACAUCGAUGUACUACAACAUGAAGUUCAGCAUAUGCAUAACCAACCUGAACAUCCUAAUGAGCCGGUGGAUGAAAUGGAACAAGAGUUCAACCAAGCAGAUGCUGAUUUCAACCAACCUCAAAAUAAUCCUCCGCCAAUUACUCUCGAUGCCAUGUAUGCUGCAAUUCAACGCCAAGAGCAACGUUUUCAAGCUAUGCAGACAAAUCAAAACAAAACACUAAGGCUAAUUCGAGAAAUGCAACAAGAGCACCGUGACUACGCUAUUAGGACCGAAGGCCACUACACAGAAAUUGCUACACAAUUGAAUGAUCUCAACCUUCGUGCAAAUGGCUCUCCCACUGAUAGACUUCGACGUGUUCGUAUAAGAGGCGCAAGCAGUUCUCGCAACCGCAACAACGAGGAGUAG